AUGGCAGCGCCGGGCGGGCCGCCGCGGUUCAAGUCCUCAGGGAUCGACCCGGCGACGUUCUUCGGCGGCAAGCUCGCCAGGAGCUACCUGAACGUCCCGCGCGCGCCCGGACAGGACGCGUGCGCGACCCCGGCGGUGCCGCGCCCCGGUCUGACUGACGCGAUGGUGGCCUGGGGGGACAAAACACCUAUAGCCAAGGGGGGUCUGUUGUCAGGGAGCAAGAAGGGGUCGUUCCGCCUCACGCGCGGCCGCACGGCCCUCUCCUUCUUCUGCCAGGACCCGCAAAACAAGGCGCGCCUCGAGGCGGCGCUGCGCGCCAAGUUCAGCGACAAGGACCUCGUUCGCAUGCCGCCCCGGACGCGUGGCAAAGCCUACCAAGAUCUCGCCAAGGAGCUCUUCGCGGCGCUCUCGGAGCAGGAGCGCGGGCCGUUCGAGGCCAAGCAGCUCGACGACGCCCUGCGGGCGUACCGUCAGCUCCGCGCGUACGCCAGGACGUACCCCGCGCGCCCGCUGCCGUUCCGCGCCCGCCACCCGCUGCUGCCGGCCCCGCCGCGGUCGUGGGCCGCGCUGCUGAAGCUCGACCGCGGCGCCGCCGCGCAGGCCGACGCGCCGCCCCCCGCGCAGCCCGACGGCGGCGGAGACACCCCCGCGGCUGACGCGGCGGAGGACGCCCCUCGCGCGCCGCGGCGCGCGAGGCCGGCCGUCUCGGAGGUCGACCGCGCAGCCAUGCAGAUGCGCGCCGUCGCGGACAAGUGGCGCUGGCACCGCGAGUUCGCGGAGCUCGUUCGCGCGCGCCCGGAGGACGCAGCGAACUUGCGCGACGAGGUGCUGGGGCCGUGGUGGAAGCCGGCGUCGCGCUGUCCGCGCCCGCACGUGGCCGCGGACGCGUGGCUGUUCGAGGCGGUGCCGCCGGCGCGGGGCCCGCCGCGUACGGCGGUGGAGGCGUUUGCGCGGCUGCGGGAGACGAGGCGGGCGGUGGGUGAGAGCGGGGCGCGGGGCGCGGCGGCGCGGCGGGCGGCCGCGGAGGGUCUGUGGGAGGCCGCGGAGGGCGCGGUGCGCGAGCGGCUGGAGGCGGCGGCGGAGGCGGCGCGGGGGGAGUAUGAGAAGAUGGUGGGGGUGUUUCGGGAAUGCAACCCCAUGGCGUGCGACGCGUGGGUGCGCGAGUGCGCGGAGGCGGCGCCGAAGGCCGCGAAGAAGGCGGCGGCGGCGGGGGCGGGCCGCGGGAAGCGCAGGGCGGUCGGGGAAGAGGGGGGGUCCAGGAAAAGGCCCCGGGGGGUCAGGAAGGCACGGGCGGCGCGGCAGGAGGCGGAGGGGUCGUCUGGCGGCAGCGAGGAGGGGCACGGGCAGGACGAGGACGAGGACGAGGAGGAGUUCCGCGGGUCGGGGGAGGAGUCAGGGGGGGAGUUUGACGAGGAUCGCCUGUGUCAGGACGGGUCGGACGACGAGCUGGACGACUCGGACGCGGUGGACUUCGACGACCUCCUGGACGACGAGCUGUCGUCGGACGAGGACGUCGGCGAGACGGACAGCGGCGUCGGGCAGUCGGACAGCGCGGGGGGAGUCCCGACUCAGUCCACGUCAGCGGGCGGGCGGGCGGGCGCACGGGGCAGCCGCCGGCAGCGCGACCCCUCGAACGACCGGGGCGCCUCCGAGGGCACGGGGGACUCGCACGAGCACGGAACGGCCGGCGGCCCGGACUCCGACUGCGUCGACCACGACGUCCUCGAGACCAACAUCGGCGACGUCCUGCGCGCCAUCCUGCCCCCCGGCACCCCCGUCCCGCCCCUGCAGCCCCCCGCGCGCCCACGCACGAGCGUCGCCGGCAUGCACUCCGCGCCGGGCCGCGCCAGCGCCGUCCCGGCCACGCCCGUCUGCGCAACGCCCGCCAACGCCGUCCGCCGCGCGCCGCUCCUCCCCGCCGCCACCGCGGGCGUCCCGGCGACCCCGUGCGUUGGCGGCGGCGCGCACCUCGCCGGCUCCGUGGGCCCGUCGCCGUUCUCGCGGCCCUACACGGAGGGCGCGCUGGACUCAGGCCUGCGCGGGGACGCUUCCGCGCGGUGCGUCGAGGAGCAGACGCCCGUCGCGCACCUCCGCGGCCCGCCUCGGUCGACGUCGCUGGCCUCUGCGGGCGGCCGCUCGGCGCCGGGGGCGCCGCUGCUGCCGGGGCUCGAGAGGCGGGAGCCGCCGUCCGUGACGCGGCCGCCGAGCACGCGCCGCGCGGCGUCGUCCUCGUGGGUGCCUGGGGGCGCUGUACGGCAGGGCGAUGACGUCGCAAGGGAGGCGAGCGCGGGGCGGUGGCCGGAGUAG